UCCUCCAUCCACCAAUCAAAAUGCGCGAUUUUCUGUCACAUGACCCUCUGAGAGCGGUUUCUCCAUCAAAACAAUAUGGCGAGUGGUCGUUGUAGCAUGUUGUAGCCUAAAUAACUUAUUUUUACGAUGUUUCUUUGAUGUAUCCCUUUAAAGGAAUAGAUUUAUAACGAAAUGGCUUUCGCUAAGGUUUAUUGUAGUGAUGAAAAAGCUCAAACGAGGAGGAAAAAGGACGACGUUAGCCACGAGAACAGGAGCGGCAGCGACUCCACAUCAACUUUCAGCGACUCUGAAUGCAGCAAUGAGCUGGAACCAGAAUGGCUCGACAACAUUCAGAAGAACGGCGAACUUUUCUACCUGGAACUGAGUGAAGGCGAAGAGGAGGCUGCUCUGGCCCAGGCCACCGCAAGCCCCUGCGUGUCCACCAACCACGUUCGCUUCAGCGACAAGGAAGCCGAGGUCAUCACAGUGCACAACAAGCAGCAGCACGGCUCACGCACCAAAGCUGCUCCCACACUGAAAAGGUUAGCCAGGAUCCUGAGGAGGAAAUCCCGGCGCUCCCGGCGCAGCAGAAGCAGAGACACUUCAUCGCCACCAGCUUCAAUACUGAAGAACCAGACGGGUCAGCGUCAAGGCGGGGGGGCUCAGCAGCAGCAGCUGAAGGAGGUGUGUGUCUACCUCAAUCCUAAACGGCUAGCCGGUUCCUCUCCCCCUCUGAGCAACAGAGGAGGCCUGCUGGAGGCGCUGCUGGGAGUAGUACACCACCCCACGUGGAGCACAGGGCAGGCCGAUCCUAAAGUGCUGAGACAGGAGGAAAGAUUGACUGUUCAUGGCCUGGUACCAAACAGUCCAGCCACAAAAUGCGGCCAAAUCUUUAUUGGUGAUGUUCUCAUCGCUGUGGAUGAUGUUGAUGUGACCUCAGAGAACAUCGAGAGGGUUUUGUCCUGCAUCCCAGGACCAACACAGGUGAGGCUGACGUUGGAGACUGCAGCUCUGAUGGACAGGGACGAGGUUGGAAACACUUCAUCGUCUUCUCAGAUGAUGAAGGCCUCUCCACCCGUCAGCCAGCUGGUGCGUCUGCUGUGGGGGGAGGACACGGCAGAAGUCCAAAUGUCGCUGGGACACAUCCCACACGUGGUCAUGUACCUGUCACUGAAGCUGGACUCGCCGUCGCUGCAGGAAGAGGAAGAGAUCUUGUACCAGUAUCCCGUCUCUGAGGCGUCCAGUCAGCUGAAGGGUGUGAGGGGCAUCUUCCUCACUCUGUCGGACAUGCUGGAGAACGUCACAGGAGGGCGCAUCAUCAGUUCGUCUCUGCUGCUGGGGAAACAUCUGGUCCACGUCGGCUACUGGAAGGAGAGCAACAACCUGCUCGUCCUCGGUCUUCCUGCUGAGAGGGUUCCUCUGCUCUGUCUGCAGACAGUGGUUGGAGACAUAGUGCGGACGUUGAAAGUGAUGUAUGGCUCCUUGGACAGGGCGUUCUGCACUGUGGACCAUGCUCCCAAGCUGGACCAUUUCUUCUGCCUGUUUUUCCAGCAGCUCAUUCAGCCUUCACGAUUAACUGAAGGCUCUCCGGCGCCACCCCCAGACGUGUCAGGGACACUGUUCCUUGACGGACUACCGGCUGUACGCUGGCUUACUCUGCCAGCAGAAAUCAAGGUGGAGGUAGAUACAGUUCUGUCUGACUUUGAGUCAUCUGAUUUUGGUGAAAUGUCUGAGGACUUUUUUGGCCUGAGGCGUUUAUAUGUCAUUCUCGGCUCCUGUUUGUUCUACAGGUCUUACCUGAUUGCCAACCAUCUACCAAAGGAGGACCUGCUGGACGUGUGUCUGUACUGCCAGCACUACUGCCUCCUCCCGCUGACGUCAGAGCAGCGAGUGGGUCAGCUGGUCAUCUGGAGGGAGGUGUUCCCCCAGCAGAGAGCCAACGGAGGCGAGAAGUCGGCGCCGGGUUACAGCCCGCUUCAGGGAAGACACUUCCUCCUAAUCGUGGGCCUGAGACACUUCAUGCAGUGUGUCCUGUUGGAAGCAGGGGGCUGUGCCUCUCAAGCUUUCGGCUCCCCUGGACCAGACUGUGUCUACGUGGAUCAGGUUAAAGCCACCCUCCUGCAGCUGGAAGUGUUGGAGGCCGCGAUAGAGGAGCGUCUGAACGCCCCACCUACUCCCUGCCUGUCCUGUGCCGACUGGUUUCUCCCCGCCGCCACAGCCCGGGAGCGACUCGACAGCCUGGCGUCGUCCUCCCCGGUCUUAAGUAAAAUUGCGGGGGCCAUCAAAGGCUCCUCGUCAGGGGUCAGAGGUCGGACUCUUUUUGGGGAGAAGUCUCGAAAGCCCAGUCCACAGAGGAACUUGUCGGACGGCGGGACUGAAGGACAGCCGGAUGGCGGGACUGGAGUCGGUUCUUCAGCACCUCUGGGUCUCAGCCCGCGGUCGACCCCAGACUCAGGGAGGAAACUGGGGGGCCGACGGGACUCGCUGGGGUCUGGAGGUUCUGAUGGCAGCGGAGGUCUCUUUAAGAUGUCCAGACUGAAGCACCCAAACCCUUUCUACCUGGGCUCCCUGAAGAAGACUCUGACUGAGAAGGAGACGGAGGAGAUGUACAACACCAUCAAACUAACCUCAGGAGCAGAGAACACCCUGUUCCACUACGUCCUGAUGGAGAGUGUGCAGGGCAUCUUCAUCGCCCCCACUCACAGAGAAGUGGCUCAGCUCAGUGGAUCCAUCCAUCCACAGCUCAUACGCAACUUCCACCACUGCUGCCUGUCCAUCCGCGCCGCCUUCCAGAAGAGUCUGCCAGCCAGAAGCCGUCGAGCAGCGGAGCGGCCUCAAACGUCCGCUCUGGGUUUUGGUCCCAUCAAAGAGCACGGCGUUCUGUUCCAGUGUAAACCUGAAAACUGGACCGACCAGAAGAAGCAAGCCCCCGUCAUGACCUACUGGGUGAUCGGGCGGAUGCUGCUGGAGCCUGUCCCUCAGGAGUUUUACGUGUGCUUCCACGACUCCGUGGCAGAGGUUCCCGUGGAGAUGGCGUUCAGACUCUCCUUUGGUCUGGCGUUUUAAAGCAUCAGACUUUUUGAACGUCCCCUUCAUUCUCAGGAAGGUGACGUGUUCUUCAGAAGCAUUUGAACAUACGGGUAGGAAGUUUAGGCUGAUAGAUUUUAUUUUUGAUUUUUCUCCCUACUGUGUAAUCAGGGCCCCAAAUGUACACGGAAAGAAGUGUUUUAAUACCUUUAACUGCAAAAAAAAAAAACUGUUGUUGCCACAGAAAACUUUACUGAUUGAGUCACUAAGGCAUUAUUUAAAUAUUGUACAGUUUUGUAAGAAAACAGACCUUUUUGUCUGCAUAAAUAAUACUAUUUAACAUUAAAAAAUAUUUUUUUUC